CAGCUGCCUGGGCUUUUUGUGCGCUCGUGUGUGCGAGUGUGUGUGAGUGUGGAGGGGCGAGGUUCACAAACCGGUUGCUCUUGACGCUUCCAUUUCGUUUUCUCCAAGGCUGGAGAUCUUGGACGGAGGAAGCCCUGGAGGAGGAGGAGGAGCGGGGCAGCCGCAGCUGCUGCCCCGUCUCUGCCUCAUCCCCGUUUUCUCUAUCCAGCAAAAAAGGGAAGAGCCCCAGAAGCACAAGAUUUUCUCCUUCUUCACCCUGCCGGUGCAAAAAAGAAAGAAACAGAGAAUGAAUAACCCCAGGGCGCCGGCGGAUCAGGCAAGCUGAGCCUCGGGAGGGGAAGCCCUUCGUGCCUCCUACGAACAGCCACGGGCGAGACCUGAAAAGGGCCGUUGCGGGAAGUUGAGCCCUUCCUCCAAGGACUGAGCCUCGCCCUCACCUCCAUCGCUUGACGGCUCCCUCCCUUUUCCUUCUCCUCCUCCUUCUCUCCUUCCUUCUCGCCGAGCCUCGCCCCUGCGUGGCGGCGGCGGCGGCAGCAGCAGCAGCUGCUUAACCGCCUCCUCCUCCUUUUGCUGCCUUCAAGCUCCAGCCGCAGCCAGCCAACCUUCGCCAGGAUCGCAGCAGCAGCAGCAGCGGCGGCGGCAACCCAGUGAGCCUCGCUCCCUCCCUCCUCCUCUGGCGCUGGGAUGCGUCUUCCUCCUCGCGGCUCGGCUGCCAGCUUGGAGUGCUGCGACGCGCUUGGAGCACUAUGGCUCGCUUCGGAGACGACCUACCCAGCCGCUAUGGAGGUGGUGGCGGGGGUGGCGGCGGCGGCAGCGGCGGCGGGCCGGUGGUGGGCGGCGGAGGCCGCGGCAGUAGCCGCCAAGGACCCCCGGGCCAGCCCGGCCAGCGACCCCAGGUGUACAAACAAUCUAAGGCCCAGCGGGCCCGGACCAUGGCAAUUUACAACCCCAUCCCGGUCAAGCAGAACUGCUUCACAGUCAACCGCUCCCUCUUCAUCUUCAGCGAGGACAACGUGAUCCGCAAGUAUGCCAAGAGGAUCACGGAGUGGCCUCCUUUUGAAUAUAUGAUCUUGGCUACAAUCAUUGCUAAUUGCAUCGUCUUGGCCUUGGAGCAACACUUACCAGUUGAUGACAAGACGCCCAUGUCAGAGAGGCUGGAUGACACUGAGCCAUAUUUUAUUGGAAUAUUUUGCUUUGAAGCUGGUAUUAAGAUCAUCGCGCUGGGUUUUGCUUUCCACAAAGGCUCUUAUCUCCGAAAUGGCUGGAACGUGAUGGAUUUUGUUGUCGUCCUUACAGGGAUUCUGGCUACUGCUGGGGCUCAGUUUGACUUGCGGACGUUGAGAGCUGUCCGAGUGCUGAGGCCGCUGAAGCUUGUAUCAGGAAUCCCAAGUUUGCAGGUUGUUCUCAAGUCCAUCAUGAAGGCAAUGGUACCUCUCCUGCAGAUCGGGCUCCUCCUCUUCUUUGCCAUUGUGAUGUUUGCUAUCAUUGGGCUGGAGUUCUACAUGGGGAAGUUUCACAAAACCUGCUUCAACAAUGAAACAGGGGAGAGGCUGGGAGAUUUCCCCUGUGGAGAGGAGAGGCCUGCAAGGCAAUGUGAAGAAGGAGAAAUUUGCAAGCAGUACUGGGAGGGCCCCAACUUUGGAAUCACCAACUUCGACAACAUCCUCUUUGCUGUGCUCACUGUUUUCCAGUGUAUCACGAUGGAGGGUUGGACUGACAUUCUCUACAAUACUAACGACGCUGCAGGGAAUAUGUGGAACUGGCUUUACUUCAUCCCCCUCAUCAUCAUCGGCUCUUUCUUCAUGCUCAACUUGGUCCUUGGUGUCCUAUCAGGUGAGUUUGCCAAAGAACGAGAGAGAGUUGAGAACAGGAGGGCCUUCCUGAAGCUCCGGAGACAGCAGCAGAUUGAAAGAGAACUCAAUGGCUAUUUGGAGUGGAUCUUUAAGGCAGAGGAGGUGAUGUUAGCAGAAGAAGACAAGAACGCCGAAGAGAAGUCACCCCUUGAUGUGCUGAAAAGAGCCACAAUCAAGAAGAGCAAAAAUGACCUAAUCCAUGCUGAAGAAGGGGAGGACCACUUCACAGAUGUUUGUUCUGUUGGUUCACCAUUUGCCCGGGCCAGCCUGAAGAGCGGCAAGAAUGAGAGUUCCUCCUACUUCCGUAGGAAAGAGAAGAUGUUCCGGUUCUUCAUCCGGCGCAUGGUGAAAGCACAGAGCUUCUACUGGAUGGUUCUCUGUGUUGUGGCUCUCAACACCCUGUGCGUUGCCAUUGUGCAUUAUGACCAGCCAGAGGGGCUCACUACUGCUCUGUAUUUUGCAGAAUUUGUCUUCCUCGGCCUGUUCCUUACAGAGAUGUCUCUGAAGAUGUAUGGCCUGGGGCCAAGGAACUAUUUCCAUUCCUCAUUCAACUGCUUUGACUUUGGGGUGAUUGUGGGGAGCAUCUUCGAAGUCAUCUGGGCUGCAGUGAAGCCUGGGACCUCCUUUGGCAUCAGCGUGUUGAGGGCUCUCAGGCUGCUGAGGAUUUUCAAAGUUACCAAGUACUGGAACUCCUUGAGGAACCUGGUGGUCUCCUUGCUGAAUUCAAUGAAGUCCAUCAUCAGCUUGCUGUUCCUCCUCUUCCUCUUCAUUGUUGUGUUUGCUUUGCUGGGGAUGCAGCUUUUUGGAGGACAGUUUCAUUUUAGUGACGAAACACCAACCACAAACUUUGAUACUUUCCCCACUGCUAUUCUAACUGUGUUUCAGAUUCUGACUGGAGAAGACUGGAAUGCGGUGAUGUACCAGGGGAUAGAAUCUCAAGGGGGCGUCCACUCAGGAAUGUUCUCAUCCAUCUACUUCAUUGUCUUGACACUGUUCGGUAACUACACGCUCCUGAACGUCUUCUUGGCCAUUGCUGUGGACAACCUUGCCAAUGCACAGGAAUUGACCAAGGAUGAAGAGGAGAUGGAAGAGGCCACCAAUCAGAAACUUGCCCUGCAGAAGGCCAAGGAAGUAGCUGAUGUUAGUCCCCUGUCAGCCGCUAACAUUUCCAUAGCAGCCAAGCAGCAGAAUGCCUCCAAGUCCAAAUCCGUGUGGGAGCAGAGAACCAGCCAGAUCCGAAUGCACAACUUCCGGACGAGCUGCGAAGCCCUGUACAACGAGCUGGACCCAGAAGAUCGAGUUCGUUAUGCUACCAACCUUCACAUCCGCCCAGAUAUGAAAACUCACUUGGACCGCCCCCUAGUGGUUGAGCCAAGGAGUGACAGCCGCAACAACAACAUCAACAAGCUGAGUCCCGUUGAUGUGCAAGAGGUCACGGAGGAAGUGAAGCCCCCACCAGCUGUGAGCACUGAGGGGCAGCGGAAGCAUCACCGACAUCGAGAUAAGGACAAGGGGGGAGAACAGGAGAAGAGCAAUGUGCCGAAGGAUGAGAAUGGAGAAUCUGGCCCAAACCAUAAAGAGGAGCGUCAUCGAACACACAGGAGCCGCAGUAAAGAGGGCGAGAGGAGUGGGAAGGAAGGGAAAAGUGAGCGCAGCCGGGGCCAGGAAGGAGGUAGGAGGCAUCACCGCCGUGGGUCAGUGGAGGAAGGAGCCGAGAGAGAGCACAGACGCCAUCGGGGUCACCGGCACUCAGCCGAGCGGCAAGCAAAAGAAGGCAAUGGAACCAUCAACGGAGCCAAGACGGAGCGUCGUUCACGUCACCGGGGUGGGUCCAGGCCUGGGAACCGGGAAGGUGACCCUGGCUCGAAAGGGGAAGGAGGGGAAGAACCCCACAGACGGCACAAGAUGCGACACAAGGCCCUGUCCACGUAUGAUUCAGUGGACAAGCCGAAUGGGGAAAAGGAGGGAGAGGCAGGAGAGAAGGAGCUGAGGAAUCACCAGCCAAGGGAAGGUCAGUGUGACACAGAGGCCAGUGGGAGUGUGACUGUUGCCCCUCUGCACACCUUGCCUAGCACUUGUCUGCAGAGGGUGCUUGAGCAGCCAGAAGAUGCUGACAAUCAGAAGAACGUCACUCGCAUGGGUCAGCCAUCUCUGGACAAAUCUGCAACUGUGAACAUUCCUGUCACUGUCACGGCACCUCCUGGGGAAGCCGCCAUCAUACCAAUGAACAACAUUGAAUUUGAAACUAAAAUAGAAGAGAAGAAAGACAUGGAUGUGGAUGAUGACUUUACAGAGAAGGGACCAAAACCUAUCCUGCCAUAUAGCUCCAUGUUCAUCUUAAGUCCUACAAACCCAAUCCGGCGACUGUGCCAUUACAUUGUGAACAUGCGUUACUUUGAAAUGGUCAUCCUCAUCGUCAUAGCCCUCAGCAGUAUUGCCCUGGCAGCGGAAGACCCCGUCCAAGCUGAGUCACCAAGGAAUGAGGCUCUCAAGUACCUGGAUUACAUAUUUACAGGUGUCUUUACAUUUGAGAUGGUGAUAAAGAUGAUUGACUUGGGCCUAAUACUUCAUCCUGGUGCCUAUUUUCGUGACCUCUGGAACAUCCUGGAUUUUAUUGUGGUCAGUGGGGCUCUGGUGGCUUUCGCCUUUUCAGGGAACAAAGGCAAAGAUAUAAACACCAUCAAGUCCCUGAGAGUUCUGAGAGUUCUUCGGCCUCUGAAGACCAUCAAACGUUUGCCAAAGCUGAAGGCAGUCUUUGACUGCGUGGUGAAUUCUCUGAAGAAUGUCCUCAACAUCCUCAUUGUCUACAUGCUCUUCAUGUUCAUCUUUGCAGUCAUAGCGGUGCAGCUUUUCAAAGGGCGAUUCUUCUACUGCACGGACGAGUCCAAGGAGCUGGAAAAAGACUGCAGGGGCCAGUAUCUCGAUUAUGCAAAAGAUGAUGUGCAAGCUCAGCCCAGGCAAUGGAAGAAAUACGAAUUCCACUAUGACAAUGUCCUCUGGGCUCUGUUGACACUCUUCACUGUUUCCACAGGAGAGGGGUGGCCAACUGUUUUAAAGCAUUCUGUUGAUGCAACGUAUGAGAACCAAGGCCCAAGUCCUGGGUACCGGAUGGAGAUGUCCAUCUUCUAUGUGGUGUAUUUUGUCGUCUUCCCCUUUUUCUUCGUGAACAUCUUUGUGGCUUUGAUCAUCAUCACCUUCCAGGAGCAGGGUGACAAAGUGAUGUCUGAAUGCAGCCUUGAGAAAAAUGAGAGGGCCUGUAUAGACUUUGCCAUAAGUGCCAAACCCCUGACCCGCUACAUGCCUCAAAACAAGCAGUCGUUCCAGUACAAGAUGUGGAAGUUUGUGGUGUCUCCUCCUUUCGAGUAUUUCAUUAUGGUCAUGAUCGCACUCAACACCAUCGUGCUGAUGAUGAAGUUCUAUGGUGCCCCACAGCCAUAUGAAGAUAUGCUGAAAUGCCUCAACAUUGUGUUUACAUCCAUGUUUUCUCUGGAGUGUGUGCUGAAGAUCAUUGCCUUUGGCGCCCUGAAUUAUUUUCGUGAUGCCUGGAACAUCUUUGAUUUUGUCACAGUCUUGGGAAGUAUUACUGAUAUUUUAGUAACAGAGAUUGCGGACACGGACAAUUUCAUCAACCUCAGCUUCCUCCGCCUAUUUCGGGCUGCCAGGCUCAUCAAGCUUCUUCGCCAGGGCUACACCAUCCGGAUCCUCCUCUGGACCUUUGUCCAGUCUUUCAAGGCAUUGCCUUAUGUGUGUCUUCUCAUUGCCAUGCUCUUCUUCAUCUAUGCCAUUAUUGGCAUGCAGGUCUUUGGAAACAUUGCACUGAAUGACGACUCUGCCAUCAAUCGACACAACAAUUUCCAAACGUUUUUGCAAGCCCUGAUGCUGCUUUUCCGGAGCGCCACUGGGGAAGCUUGGCAUGAAAUCAUGCUUGCAUGUCUCAGCAACCAAGCCUGCGAUAAGCUCUCCAACCUUGGCAAAAAUGAGUGCGGCAGUGACUUUGCCUACUUUUACUUUGUCUCCUUCAUCUUCCUCUGCUCCUUUCUGAUGUUGAACCUGUUUGUGGCUGUAAUUAUGGACAACUUUGAGUACUUGACACGAGACUCUUCCAUCCUAGGACCCCACCAUCUUGAUGAGUUUAUCCGCGUCUGGGCUGAGUACGACCCUGCAGCCUGUGGGCGUAUCAGUUACACGGACAUGUAUGAGAUGCUGAGACACAUGUCCCCACCACUUGGACUGGGAAAGAAAUGCCCAGCUCGCGUUGCCUAUAAGCGCUUGGUAAGGAUGAAUAUGCCAAUCUCAAAUGAUGACUUGAGCGUCCACUUCACAUCUACGCUGAUGGCCUUGAUCCGCACUGCCCUGGAAAUCAAACUUGCAUCAGCAGGGACCGAGCAACGGGAAUGUGACAUCGAGCUGAGGAAGGAGAUCUCGCUAGUUUGGCCCAAUCUUUCACCAAAGACCUUGGAUCUGCUAGUACCACCUCAUAAACCUGAAGCCAUGACAGUGGGGAAAGUCUAUGCAGCCUUGAUGAUAUUUGACUUCUACAAACAGAACAAGAACACUCGAGAUCCUGCCCAUCCAGCGCCUGGAGGUCUUUGCCAGACUGGAACCGUGUCCCUUUUCCACCCGUUGAAAGCAGCGCUUGAACAAAGCCAGCCUUCAGUAUUCCCCAAUGCUUUCCUGCGCCAAAAGAGCUCCGCUUCUCUCAACAAUGGAGGUGCCUUACCAACGCCAGAGGGAGGAGGAAUCAAGGAGUCUGUUUCAUGGGGGACUCAACGGACUCAGGAUGUGUUUUACGAAACGAGGACACCAGCAUUUGAGCGUGGCCAUUCAGAAGAAAUUCCCACUGAGCAGACAAGCAAACAGGUAGUAGAAAUGCGAGAGAUCAGUCCAACAAUGGCCAAUGGUGAGCACCAGCCUGGCCUGGAGAGCCAGGGGCGAGCUGCCUCCAUGCCCCGCCUGGCAGCAGAAACUCAGCCCAUCCCAGACACAAGCCCCAUGAAGCGUUCCAUCUCCACACUGAACCCACAGCGUCCCCAUGCCACACACCUCUAUGAGCAUUCCCGGCCAGUGGAGCACACCCACCACCACCACCAUCACCGCUGCCACAGGCGGAAAGAGAGGAAACAGAAGUCUGUCGACAAACCACCAAGCCACCUGGCUGAUGGUGAUGCUGCAGGUGAAGCAACAUCCAAAACCAAAAAGCAGGAGAGGGGCCGGUCCCAGGAGCGGAAACUUCACUCCUCUUCAUCCUCUGAAAAGCAGCGCUUUUACUCCUGCGACCGAUAUGGGAGCAGAGACCACUCACAGCCCAAGUUAUCAGAGCGCAGUCGGCCAACAUCGCCCAAUGGAGGGCAAGAGCAUGGAACACAGAAACAGGGCAGUGGUUCAGUUAAUGAGAGCCCCUUGCUGUCAACUUCGGGUGCAAGCACCCCGUCCCGUGGCCGGAGGCAACUGCCGCAAACCCCACUGACCCCGCGCCCCAGCAUCACGUACAAGACUGCCAACUCGUCGCCUGUGCACUUCUCCAGUUUCCAGACUGGCCUGCCAACUUUCUCCCCGGGACGCUUGAGCCGGGGUCUCUCUGAGCACAACGCUUUGCUGCAUGGUGACUCCCAGGGCCCUUCGCAGCCCCUGAUGGCCCGGAUUGGCUCAGACCCUUACCUGGGGCACCGGGAAGACAGUGACAGUCCGUACCAUGCUGUGCCUGAGGACACACUCACUUUUGAGGAGGCUGUGGCCACCAAUUCAGGACGGUCAUCCCGGACUUCUUACGUCUCCUCCCUGACGUCCCAGUCCCACCAAAUCCGUAGAGUCCCCAAUGGAUACCAUUAUACACUGGGCCUCAGUUCCGGCCUUGGGACAAGCACCAGAGCACGUAGCUAUUACCAUGAACGAGAUGAAGACGACUGGUGCUAGCAGGAAAAAAAGCCGGAGUUCUUGCACACGAAACUGAUGAAUAUUAUACAUAAAGCUCUGUGUUUAUGUGUGCACACAUACGUUCAGCCCCACAGCUUCAGGGCUGAAGGGAUAAAGAGGAGGGAAGAAGUGCCUCCUCAUGGAACCCCCCCCCCCAUGAAGAAGACUUGUCUCUGUGCAUGCGCACAAUGCUGUCAAGAGACGACGCCUCUCUCUCAUACUGAAACCUGUCUGUCCUUUAGUGCUAGAAGGCCCUGGAUCAGUAGGAAUUGCUGUUCUUUGGAAGGACAGGGCAAGGGAGAUCUUGCUCCUCUCUUGUUGCAUUGCAGUUAACACCACCCUCUCCUUUCUCAACAAUAAAACUGUAAGAUAAGCAAAAGACCCGGAGAGAAAACAAAAAAAAACUGUUGAACUUUCUGGGACUGGAGCAUCAUGCAGUUUUGGAUAGAAAGAGGGGAAGGAAGGGACAGUCACAGUUACAAACAGAACCUAUCAUUUCUCUUGUCCACACUUUAAGAGGCAAAAAUCACCCAUGACGGCAUUGGACUCGACAUUUGGCAAGACAAAACCUUUUCAAGGGAGCCAGCAAUGGGGCCUUUCGGCUGACAGAAGCCGCCAUGCUGCCGUCUGUGACUACUUUGAUUGGUUUGACUUCCCAUUGACUUUUUGGAAAGCAUUCCCUUCACUUGGGAGAGGAGAGCUGUUUGGCAGGCAAGGAUGGCUCCCAGCCUGCUGCUGCUCCUACUGUUGACAACUUAAAAAUCAGUUCCUCUGUUUUGGAUGUGAUAUGCCCCCUUUCAUAAUUUUGUCUUGUUUACAAUCAAAGCACGAGAGUGAGAGUGAGUGAGAGAGAGAGAGUGAGAGAGAGAGAGAGAGAGAGAGAGAGAGAGAGAAGGGUGGGGUCUGGCAAAAGAAAAUGUGUCAUUUGGUUUUAUAUUGAGCUGUUAGAUAAACUAACUUUUCAUUGUGUGCAUUUUUUUUUGUAAAUUGUACAGUAAAAGAAGAAGAAACAAACAAACAAGCAAACAAAACCAAGAGUCCUUCACUGUAGAGAACUAGUCCUAUUGUCAUUCCAGCUCCACUGUUGUUUCAUACUGAAGGCGCCAAUUCUUCACUACUAAGUGCCUGAUCUUAGGAAUCUCUCAUGGUGAAGACGCAAUCUCUUGUUUCCGAUGCAUCAGGAGGAUGCGUGUGGUGGAGCGGGGUGACCCACAAGGAGGGUUUGGAAGGCUUCAAGUAUUGACCAGUGCUGAGUCAAUAUUUCCACAUAGAUUGGAAGGCGGCCAAGUACAAAAUUCUGUGUGUGCUUUUUUCAGAUCUUGUUGUGUGUGGGGGUGCAGGGAUAUUAGAGAGAUUUCAACAAGCAUCUAGCAACAGGGGCAAAUGUUCUUCUGCCAAAAGCAGGACCCUACUGCUCUACACAUCUAAGUCUUAACUUGGUUACAGAAGCUCUGGUUGCUCUUCAUGGCACAUUGUUGGGUGUUGAAGACAAUUGAAGAGACUUGUGAUUAUUGUCCUUUUUUGUGGUGGUUUGAGGGGUGGGGGGAUAAAACAAGAAAGCCCCGAGGGAAAACCCUAAUUCUGAUUCUCAGGGAUGAGAUUUCUGCUCUUUUUGUCUCUGUGUGUGUGUGUUUCUGUGCAUCAGGUGCUUGUUUCCGUGUGUGCGUGUGCUUGAGCACUUUCAUGAAAAGCUAAAACAUUGUUAUUCAAAAAACAAACAAACAAAAAUAAAACACCUGCACAUAACAAAGCUGAAAGACCCAGCCCAACCUGAGGAGGGCAACAUUCUAUGUUUUGAGAGUGAGCAGAGGAGAGAGGCAGUGAUAAGGAAAGAGACUUGCAGGGAAAAGUGACCCCAUCACAAGCAAGACAAGAAGCUGUCAUAUACAAGUACAUUUAGAUUAGUCAUGGGACAGCUCUCUGGUGUUCCAGGCGGGAGGGAAGUGUCUCUCCCCGUCCUACCUGGAGAUGACAGGGAUUGAACCAGGACCGACUUAGGCACAGCCUCUUUCUGCACCUUAAAACUAUCAUGUGCUUCAUACAGGCACAAUUGUGUGGCCGACAUUGUCUGUGGCUCCUUGCCAGGGUUUAACACUUUGGGAGCAAAUCCAGGUUUGUCCCCCUUAAUGUCUGAAAUAACUCUGAGGGAGGAAAGUGGGGCAAAAUCCUCUCAGGGCUGAACUACAUAGGACAUUAAAAUGUGCCUUUGUUUAACCCUUGCCUCCGUAUUGGGAGGAGAUUCCCCCUGUCCUGCCAUUUAGCACCUUUGGAGAAGGAGGAGUGGAAUUUCUUUCGGCUGUGAUCAUGGUGAUUUUCAAACCAAACCUUGACAUUAUUUGCAUAUAUUUUUUUAAAAAAAAAUCACUUGCAGGAGUUAAAUGUUAAAUGCAAAUGCACAUUUAAAUACAUAUGCUAAGCUGCACAUUACAUGUUAUUGAGUGCAGGGGGGUGGUAGUCAACACGAUGGCCUAGAUAUGUUGUGAACUCCCAUCAGCCCCAGCCAGCAUGGCCAGUGGUCAGGACUGGUGGGAGUUGUUCUCCUUUAAGAUGCGAUGGCUGCCACAUUGACGUUGCUGCAUAAAGAGCAAAGCCACUUUUGCAGGGCGGGCGGGCAGAGAAGCAGCUGGAGAGAGGAGAAAGUGGAUAUUUAACUCUUUCUCUGUGUUCUCUGAAAUGCUACAGCUCUAAGGAAAGGGGAGUUUGAAUUGGGUCCCUUCCCGUUUCUCCCAUCUUGCCACAUCUCUGCUCUAAAUCUCCCCGCUCCUUAAAAACUGUUGCCAGGGCUUUCUUAUCCAGCUUUCUCAGAUUGGGCUAAAAAGUGCUUUCCCCAAGGGAAAGCAGCAGGACAAAGGAAGUGUGGCUAAGCCCUGGGUUUACACAAAUGACAUUUCCAAGUAGGGUGAAUGUCAGUUUCCUCUCACUGUCCUAGGGUAUAUGAUCAGUCAUGUGACAAAGGGAUAGACAACCUGUGGAUAAAACUUAUUACUGCAGUUUUCUUGAUCUUGGGCAGCUCCAGGAAAGUGAGCCCUGUGGUCAUGAAAGCUGCAGAGGUAUCCGUGCAUCUUUGCUUCAUUCAGUAUCAUGGACUAAAAUAAAAGUAGGCCAAUAUGUCUUACUGAUGUUGAAUUCCAAACGCCCAUCACCCAAGGGCAUUGCUUGUUCUGGCUGGGACGAUGAACUCCAACUAAGCUCUACUCGGUGUAAGCCCAUUGAAGUUAAUGAGCCUAAGCUGUGCCCAUCCAUUUCAGCGGGUGUACUUGUGAGUAGGACCAGCACUCAACAAUGCCUGGAGGGCACCCAGGAGUCCACCCUUGGACUGAAAUGUCCCUGUGAACUCUACAUGGGACACAUUUCCCUAUGAUUUCUGUACCUUGAGGCAGCUGGGGAGGCUGGUUUGGGGGAGGAAGUUGAAAAGAGAUGUGGGAAGAGGCUGCCCUCCUCCCUCAGAUGGGUUUGUUUCCUUCAUUUGUAACCAAUGUCUGUUUCUGAAGCAAAUGAUUUCAGAUCCACAUGGUUGCAAAUGAGUCUUUCCAUAGUUUUGCCUCUUCCCUGGGAAGUUCCUUAGGAGACUACCUUGUGUGGUUGCUCAGUUCUCCCCUCUGCUUCCUGGUUUGUGUUAAAAAUAAUGGACUGGAUCAAAAGGGUCCCUUCUGUUAAUGGAAAUGAAUCUUUCUCUCAUACAAGCAGCCCCUCCAUUUGAAGGAUCUCACGAAUCUUUGGAUCUUAACCACAGUGCCUCUUAGUCCACUGUGCUGGAGAGGUUUUUCUUGUCAGAAAGAGCAAGUAAAAUAUGAUCUGUUUUUGAAGGCAUUCCCUUUUUAAUCUCUACGAACUGAUGCAUUAUAUUGUCACUAGGUGCUGCUACAAGUGCAGUUAAGUGCAGUUACUCAGAAGCAGGAGAACUGCAAGAGAAAUCAGAGGAAAAUACCAAAUUUUGCUAGAGAAAGCUGGUUUUGUUUUUAAAUUGUCCCAACCUUAUUUGAGCAUCCUGCUGUUAUCUACUCAUGCCUGCAUGUUAAGAAACCCAUUUGACUCAACUUAUAAUCAGAUUUUUAAUAUCACACUCAAGUAUUGAGCACCGCUAACACCAUAGCCUUUCGGGGGCCUAUCUAGUUAUAAAUUGAGUCAAAGGUGUUUCUUAACAUGCAGGCAUGAGUGAGGACAAUGCUAUUUACAACAUUAUUCUCUUUAAAAAGAGCAUCUUCCAAGUUCAAAGCUAUUCUCAACUAUUUCAUAAAAGAGGAAGCCGCCACCAUUUAAAUAGGAGGCAGUUAUCCCAAACCAUUACUGGAACAAUGUUUCAACCACUACAUUUU